AUGAUAAUGUAUAUUCGUAAUUGUCUCUCUCUCUCUCUCUCUCUCUCUCUCUCUCUCUCUCUCUCUGGUGUCUCUUUCCCCUAUUCUUCCUGCUGCCUAACUCUUCCCUACCUUGAACCCGCGUUCCACUAUUCCCCGUCUUUUCUCAUACCUUAUCACUGUCUUUGUGUUUUUAUCUUUUUCAUUCCCUUUUUUCUUUCGCUUUUUUGUAUUUUUUAUUUCUCUUUUUCUUUCUCUUUUUUCUUCCUUUUUUCUUUCUCUUCUCUUUUUCUUUCACUUUUUUGUUCUUGUAGUUUCUUUUUUGUCUGUUUUUUUUUCUUCUUUCUUACAUUGCGUCUCAAAGAUAACAAGUCCAUAGGAGACUCUUUUCUUUCAUUUCCUUCUCUAUCAGCCGAUACAGAGGAAAUCUCUUCUGUCUCUUUCCGUGUCAAAGAACUCAUCGACAUGUGGAGGUUAGGAUACAAAACACCCCAAAACUACGAGGAUAAUCAGCUAUUCUGCGGUGGUGUCCAGGUACAAUACGAAAGGAAUGGUGGAAAGUGUGGCGUUUGUGGUGAUCCGUACGAUGGACCCCGCGAGAAUGAGGUUGGCGGCAAAUAUGCGAACGGCAUUAUCGUGCGCAACUACACGAUGGGUCAGCUAAUGAAGGCUCGCGUUGAUCUGACAGCAAAUCACAAGGGCUGGUUCAUGUUCGACCUUUGCCCCAAGAAGAGAUACGAAGACAAAGAAACAGAGGAGUGUUUUGAGAAACACCCACUCAAAAUAGCCACCACGGGCGCUGUCCAUUUCCCAGUGAAAGGUGAAUGGGGAUCAAAAUCAAUUGUGGUCCCACUGAACUUGCCAAAAAAUGUCGCCUGCAAUUUUUGUGUAUUUCGAUGGAAAUACAAUGCUGGAAACAGUUGGGGCGUGGAUCCGGUCACAAAAAAAGGCUGUGUCGGUUGUGGGAAUCAGGAACAGUUUUACGGAUGUGCAGAUAUCAAAAUAUUUGGAGAUUCGACCGCCGCCCCGUCUGCCAGCUUGGAUGGAAGCUGGGUGUUGUUGGUCUUGGCAAUGUUUACUAUCUUUUACCAGGCUGAAACCCGAUAG